AUGGAGUACACGUACUAUCCAACAGCGAACUCUCAACAGUUUAAAAUGAGAUCGUUCAGGUUCUUCAACGAUUAUGAUGUGGUUUACUUUCACUGCGAGUUGUUGGCCUGCUACAGAUACAGUUAUAAUUCCAGGUACGUUGUGAAGAGGUCUAGAAAUGCUGUUGAAUUACUUGGGGUAUCGAUCUUUUAUUUUUCCUAUGUACUUAAGCCGGUAUAAUGGGAAGACAGAUAACCCCUGCAAGAAUUCUCGCUAUGGUUGGACACUGAGAAAACAUAAAAUGGAGAAUUUAAAGAAAGUUCCCAGUACUACGGUGUUCGUACCCUAUGUAAAUAAAACCAGUAUUUCGUUGUAAACCGCUUUGUUUCUGAACGAAAGACACAAGUUGUAAUUGAACAGACACGAUUUCUUAGUACUGUAUUUUUGUAUAGUGAAUUUAAAUCAGAGAAUAUUUACUCUGAAGUAAAUUUUUGCCGGAAAAAUUUUUGCGGUAAUUUGUAUUUGCGGGAACUUUAAAUAUUUUCGCGGAUCGCGGUAAAAAUCGCAAAAAUUAGAACCCACAAAAAUGUCGUACCACACGGUAGUUUGAACUAGCUAUAUAUUCACCCCCUUCACCACUGCAGCCCAGUAUCGCCUGUUGAAGGCGUAUUAUGGAAUCAUUUAAUUAUUUCCUAGGCCAUUGUCAUCAACUAAUGAACAAUUCUUUUCACCACAGAUGCAGCGCAGGUUGUUUAAACAGCAAAAAAAGAAAGAGAAGAGAGACAGGUGACAAGUUAGAUCACGACGGAAGUACCAACAAAUAUAUUCUCACAAGCGGCCCGAUAAAGAUCGCAGAGAUGUCCAGAGAAGGAGGUAAUAGCCCUUAAUUGUAUGAUGGUUCGAGGCAGCUAACUUAAAACUAGCUACGACGAUGUCACUGCCUCUGAUAAAAUAGUCAGUCUGAUCAUAUAUGCCUUAUUGGUCAAGCUUGUUUGGUUUCAUUCUGUUUUUGCGUCUUUAUGGCCGUGGACGCACAAGCUUGGUCAAAAUUUUUUGUAGUUGUUGUUGGUUUUGAGCCGUAGUCAAAUCAAUCACUUUCCCCACUCCCCUCCAGGGCAGCCUUUCGUUGUUUCAUUGUUGGUCUGUUUUUGUUUUCUUUGUGUUUUUUUUCUACGUCAUCAUUUUCUUUGCAACAUUUGCAACUUUAGUCACGAGAAGGGAAAUGGAACCGAAAUUAGUCCCACAAUUGUUUCCGGGAUCGUAUGGAUGUGAUACUAGGGACGAGUCGGCCAGGUAUUGGCCAAUUUUUUCCUUUUCUUUAUAUUCUUUUGGUUACUUCAUCAUCGCCGAGCCGUAAGGAUCAGUUUGCCGUUUUAUAUUUUUUGCAAGAAACAGUCCCAGGAGUCUUUGCGAAAGUUGACUCGUCCCAGUAUCCUUCUUGGCGUUUCUAAAGUGACGAAUGCUGUUCUUACAACUUCAGGGAAGUUUUAGCAUUUUAUGGCCUGUUAUCUUUCUUAGUCAGUUUUCCUACGGCGACUGGACCCUUUUAACACUGACUAAGGGACUUGUCAGGAAAUUAGCAGGGGGGGAGGGGGGUGGAAACAGAGGGAGGGUCAAAACUUUUUGAGACUGCAGGAAAGGGAGGGGUCAUGAAAAAUAGGCCUUUAAAAGGGGGAGGGUCAUGCAGAAAUAUAUUUUGAGCUUUCAUAAUACUGACUCACCCUAGUGUAUUGCAAGAAUUAGAUUUUAUCAUUUUUACAAGAGGGGGAGGGUCAUGAUAUUUUAGGCCAAGGUCAAGGGGAGGGUUAGCAAAUUUCACUCCUCCCCCCCCUGCUAAUUUAAUUUCUGACAAGUCCCUAACGGAAAUUUUCCAUGUCGUAGGUACUGGGCAAAGUCAAAAUAUUGCUUUUAUCGGUGGUGCAGCGGCAGGUGGUGGACUGGCCCUGAUUGCUAUCAUAGCCCUAGCUGUUUUAGCUGUUAAGUACCGCCUCGCACGAAAAUUCAUGAACAGGAACAAGGUUGGGGAUUUGUAUACUGCAAAGGAUGAGAAAAUGAGCCGAAGAAACGCCUACAUCCAGGAGGACGACAUGAUUGAAAAGGAAGACGCCUUCUAA